AUGUAUUUCAAACGCUGGGAGACAAUUAUACACUGCGAUGGUGUCCCCAUCGAGGAAUACGCUUUCCGCAUCGUGGAUGAUUACACUGUCUCCUGCUACAUCGCAAGCGAAGCUGGGAAGAGUUUCUCAGUACACUGGAAGAAUCAUCUAAGCAUGAUCGCGUCUGCCGACUGCUACAUGGAUGGGCAUUGUAUGGGAUGCUCCCGGACGCCACCUGAGAAGAAAGGAUCCCGCUGGGGUAUCCGGACGAACACAGAUGUGAGGCAGCCCUUUCAAUUCACCCCUCUUACCCUCACUGAUAACGAUGAGAUCGCCAGUCCGGACGACCCAAGCAUUGACAAUCUGGGCAUUAUCGAGGUCAAAGUCUGUCGCGUCAGAAUUUCGCGCCGACCUCCCAAGCAUCAUCACCGGAAGCAUCCUGUUCCCGCGCAUACGCCAAUCCACGAGCGAAGUAAGAAGGCAGGAACACACUGUGUCUCGUUGGGAGAGGCAAUUAGAUGUGCGCCGCAUUCUUCUUCAGCCUAUCCUCAGUAUAAAUACCUCGACAACCCCAAGCAUCCUUAUAUACGUUUUAUCUUCCACUACCGACCAAGAGCUCUUUUGCAAGCCCAAGGCAUAAUUCCUCGCGAUCUGCCAAUUCUCGCCCGUCAAGACGUGCCACGAGGCUAUGUUGAUAGGGUUUCGGUAGCCUCGGCGCCGCACUCGCGUUCCCGGUAUGCGAAAGCAGAAACAGAGUUACCUGCGAUGUUGCGCGCAGAAAGUACCAAGAGAGAGUCGUCGGUAGGCUAUGCGGCCAUGGACGUGGGACCAUCUCCGGGACAUCCAGUCAUCGAUGUAGAUGCGGACGUGAUCGACUUGACAAUGGACGACUAG